UAGUCGCUAGUGGAUGUUAUAUAUUUUAUAAAUGGAUGCGUACAUGUGACACUUAAGUUAACCUAAACUACUCUAUUUGCGCAUUUCUGUUUAAAGUUAUAUAAAAUUAGAUAUAUCUUAAAAUACUAUUGCUUGUGAAAUUAUUCCUGUAAUACGUUACCAUGGUUAGAAAAAAGAAAGAAUUCGAUCAGAGUAAAGAGGAACGAAUGAUGAUAACAAUAGGUGAAAUUAUACAGGAAUUGUUGAAAGCACAUGAGGAAAAUAGGGAUGUGGAUUUAAACAAAUUAAAAACUCGAAUAUCCUCUAAAUAUGGUCUGGACUCUUCACCCAGAUUAGUUGAUAUAAUUGCUGCUGUACCCGUAGAUGCAAGAAACAUAUUAGUGCCAAAGUUGAAGGCUAAACCAAUUAGAACUGCUAGUGGAAUAGCUGUUGUGGCUGUAAUGUGUAAACCACACAGAUGUCCUCAUAUUAAUAUGACAGGAAACAUUUGUGUAUAUUGUCCUGGUGGUCCUGAUUCUGAUUUUGAAUACUCAACUCAAUCAUAUACCGGUUAUGAACCUACAUCCAUGAGAGCCAUUAGGGCAAGAUAUAAUCCAUUCUUGCAAACAAGGCAUCGCGUUGAACAGCUAAAACAAUUGGGACAUAGUGUAGAUAAAAUUGAGUUCAUUGUCAUGGGAGGCACCUUUAUGUCUCUACCAGAAGAUUAUAGAGAUUACUUCAUUCGAAAUUUGCAUGAUGCAUUGUCUGGGCAUGUUAGCAGCAAUGUUGAUGAAGCAGUGAAAUACUCUGAAAGAAGUAAAACAAAGUGCAUUGGUAUUACUAUAGAAACGCGACCAGAUUAUUGCCUUAAGAAACAUCUUUCUGAUAUGUUACAUUACGGGUGUACUCGCUUAGAAAUAGGUGUACAGUCAGUCUAUGAAGAUGUAGCCAGAGAUACUAACAGAGGUCAUACUGUACGUGCAGUGUGUGAGAGCUUUCACAUGUCAAAAGAUGCUGGUUUUAAAGUAAUAGCACAUAUGAUGCCAGAUUUACCAAAUGUGGAUAUCGAGAGAGAUGUUGAUCAGUUUAUUGAAUUUUUUGAAAACCCAGCAUUCAGAGCAGACGGUCUAAAAAUUUAUCCAACGUUAGUUAUUCGUGGUACAGGCUUAUACGAGCUGUGGAAAACGGGAAGGUACAAAAGCUACCCUCCUAGUGUGUUAGUCGAUCUUAUAGCUCGUAUAUUGGCUCUUAUACCACCUUGGACUCGUGUUUACCGUGUGCAAAGAGAUAUACCUAUGCCUUUAGUUAGUUCAGGAGUAGAACACGGAAAUCUACGUGAAUUGGCAUUGGCAAGAAUGAAAGAUCUAGGAGUCGACUGUCGAGACGUAAGAACUCGAGAAGUAGGUAUCCAAGAAAUCCAUCACAAAGUGCAACCGUAUGAAGUAGAACUUAUACGUCGUGAUUAUGUUGCUAAUGGAGGUUGGGAAACAUUCCUUUCGUAUGAAGACCCGACGCAGGAUAUUUUAGUCGGUUUGCUAAGACUAAGGAAAUGUUCCAGUGAAACUUUUAGGCCAGAACUUAAAGACAAGUGUUCAAUAGUAAGGGAACUACACGUAUAUGGCAGUGUAGUACCCGUAAACGCUCGAGACCCUACAAAAUUCCAGCAUCAAGGUUUCGGUAUGUUACUAAUGGAGGAAGCUGAGCGUAUAGCAAAAGAAGAACACCAAUCUCAUAAAAUUUCCGUUAUAUCAGGCGUUGGGACACGAAACUAUUAUAGAAAAAUGGGUUACGAACUCGACGGCCCAUACAUGUCAAAAAUGUUAAUAGAGUGCAAAUAAAUUAUGAUUUAUUUUCAUACAG